AUGGGGUCCUGGCCUCCAGAGAUGAACAGUUCUGGUGCUCGUUUUGGUAUACUUCUUGUUCUGGAUGAAGCAUAUGACGUGGCAGCAGGGGCUUAUUACAUUGCUGAAAAUGUGGCAGAUUGUGAACUGAUGGCCUUAAAGAUUGGAGAAAAAGCGCAAAAUGUUGGCGGUAUCCGGUUUGUGCAAACUAAGUUGAUACGUGAUAUUCUUAAUCGAGAUGGCAAUCUUGCUUCUUCUGAAGGAGGAAUCAAGUUUUUCCAGGAUGUCUUCAGCAACAUAAAAGCUCUUGUUGUCCUAGAUGAUGUGGAAGAACAGUCUCAUGUUGAUGAUCUUGUAGGUAACCGGCUUGACUGGUUUGGUCCUGGACGUUGGAUAAUUGUUACGUCAGAAAAUCGUGGAAUUCUCGAAACAUGUGUUUCUCGAGGAAGAGCUGAUAUCUAUGAGGUGAAUGAGACGGAUGAUGACCGAGCUCUUCAACUUUUUUGCAAGCAUGCUUCAAUACCUUGGUAUCCUGAAAUUGGGAAGUGCAUUGUCAAAGCCACGGGGCGGGUUCCAUUUGUUAUUGCAGUUAUCGGUUCGCUUCUCUGUGGAAAAACAAUAGAGGAUAGGAGGAAGAUGGAGGACUUAUAA